AAGCACCAGACUGCAGAAAAUAAGUCGUGUUGGGCAAAAAGAGUGGUCUCCAGUUAAAGACCCAUAACGGGUCUUCAUCACAAGCAAUAGUUCUUUUAUUUUAGACUCCAGGUCCAGAUUGUACAAAACAUUAAAUACAUACAAAUUCACAAGUAGAGUACAUAGACCAAUGAAUGCCUUAAGACUAUGUCUCCACAGCUUGGACUGGCAUUUCAAUUGAAUCAUCAUGAUCAAGAUGGUUAAAGUGGCCUUACUUUGGUGAAAAAUGUUUCUGUAAAACCAAUACCCUUUAAAUUCAUACAACAUGUAACUUUGCAAUGUAGAAAUUCAAACAAGUAAUAAAUACCAGCCUCGUAAACAUCUGACUGAUAAAAACACAAUAAGGAAGCCAGGAGUUACUCAUUAAUCCUAACAGACUACGCCCUUAAGUUUCCAACCCAAUAAAAAGGCCAUUCACUCUGGGGAAAGUACGUGUGCACACAGGGUUCGGUUAGGAACCCAACGUGAUCAAAAUGAGCGACACCUCGGAGGACGAUAAUGAAAUCUCCUUUCCGGUGAAGUUCCUCGGCCGAGUUGAGGUGGUGCGCCCCGAUGGACUGCAGGUCCUGUCCGAAGCGGCUGAGAGGUUAAAGAUGCCACAGGGGGACAUGUCGCAAAAUGCAGCGAAGAAGAACAAGGUGCUGCUGUUCCUGUCGCGCGGCGGAGUGGACGUGUUGGAAAAGAAGACCAAGUUCAUGCUGUACUCGUGUCCCCUGUCCACGGUGUCCUUCUGUGCCGUCCUGCCUUCCUCGCCCAAAGUCUUUGGGUUCGUGGCCCGCCACCCCGCGGCCCACGUGCAUCACUGUUAUGUGUUCCAGAGCCGCGCGCUGUCUCACGUGCUGGUCUCGGGUAUCGGGGAGGCCUUCCGAGCUUCGAGAAAGGAGGAGCGCGUUGGUGGGGGAAGAGACCUGAUUGUGGAGGCCCUGCGACAUAAGAACAAAAUGCUGCAAAGAGAGAAUGCUGAGCUGAAAGACAAACUAGCCAACUCCAAACAAUAAUAUAUGCUGUGGAAUAUAUGCACACAUACACACCAAACACAGAAAAUCCUGUUAACCCUCACAAUAAAUAAUACUAAUAACAAUAA